CGAUUCCUCUAAGCUCUCAUGUUCUCUCUUGCUUUCAUUUGUUUAAAAGCCUUUAAAAAAUCGUAUUCCUUCUCAACUCAACUAUUCAAUCUCUUUUGUUUUUCGGAUUAUAUUUGUGUGUUGUGGUUUUGGGUUUCUUUCAAACAAGAGUUUUGCUGGAUUCUCCAUUCCGAAAAAAAAAGAACGGAAAGUUCUCUCUGUUGAUCAAAGUUCACGUAAAAGAGACUUGUCAACUAGCUGAUGGACGUUGAACAGUACUUUGAAGAUACUGAAGCUUAUGACCCUUCAAGUACAGAAGGGAAAAGAUCCUUGGACAAGUGGGAGAAUUCACCAGGUCCGUUCACAGGUUCCGAUGAUGAUCCCUCUGCCGGUUUUGACUGCAACAUCUGCCUAGACUCGGUGCAGGAUCCGGUGGUUACUCUAUGCGGUCACCUCUAUUGUUGGCCCUGCAUUUACAAAUGGCUUCAUUGUCAGACCAUCUCCACUGAUAACCUAGACCAGAAACAGCAGCAAUGCCCUGUGUGCAAAGCUGAACUUUCAAAUACCACACUGAUUCCUCUUUAUGGCAGGGGCCAAACAACUAAGGCAUCAACAGACAACACUCCCAAAUUCGGUAUAGUCAUACCACAGAGACCUCUUGCUCCUACUUACGGUGUUGGCUCAAUAAGGUCGCCUAAUAGUUCUGAUAAUCUACGGUUUCAGCAGCCAGUACAUCACCAUGGUUAUUCAUAUCAACCACAAAUCUACUAUGCUCAACAGGGCAGUUAUCCUGAUUCAUCGAUGCUUAGUCCAGGUGGCACGAUGAUAAAUGUACUAGAUCCGGUGACCCGAAUGUUCAGUGAGAUGGUAUACACAAGGGUAUUUGGGAACUCGAUAACAGAUUUACAUACAUAUCCGAAUUCAUACAAUCUCGGGGGGACUACUAGUCGUAGGAUCAGAAGGCAAUUAAUGCAAGCCGAUAAGUCACUAAGCAGAAUAAGUUUUUUCCUCUGCUGCUGCAUUUUCUUCUGUCUUCUUUUGUUCUGAUUUUGUAUACUCUGCUUUGGUUGGCAAAGUAUACCUGUAUAGGAGACCAAAAAUAUACAAAAUCUCAGGCGGACGUAUAAAUGAGGCCAUCUCCUGUUAGUAUGUUUUAGGGUUGUUUUCAAGACUGUAAAAUGUUUAAGAACAACAAUAAUUAUAUAUAAAGAAAAUCAAUAAUAUGGUAAAGUUUUUGGCUAUUGGAUAACUGAAGAGAGAUUGUACAAAGUUGUAUCUUCAUUCAUAGCUUUGUUGACGCUUUACCUAAUAAAAGGAUUCAGGUUUUAAAUUGCUCCUUUA